UCCGCGCGGGCCUUCAUGUGCUGGCGACACGUCUUUUUGUGUCGCAGCUAAGAAUCAAGGCCCGAACAGAGUGCCACGGAUCACUCUGCACUCGCUUUGCAUCGUUUUCAUUCCAACCCAUUUUCUUGUCUGUUGAUCCUUCUUGGAAUUUCCUGCGUCAUGCAUGGUCGGAGCAUUGCGAAAUCCCACGCGACGGAAAUCAUCUUUUCAUUACCUUUUCACUUGAUACCCCUUGGCGAGACAGCCAAUUUUGAGAUAUCCCCCUUUUUUCCUUUGAUGUAUCUAGAUAGCCUUUUGGCAGGAAGACCCUGCAGAGGACGACGGCAUGUUUAUCAGCAUAAGCCCUACUGCGAUAGGCAGAGUGGCAGCGGAAUUGUUGCGCAGUCAUAUGCAAUCACUUUGAAGUGGGGCGCUUACUGCGCGAAUCCCAUUUGCUCCCAACUUCCUAUCGUCUGUCACCUGCCUCGAGUCACUUUCUACUUCUGCCGGAAUGCCUUUACAAGGAAAUUGAUCAGCUUCGGUCGCCAGCUGGCGUCGUUUCUCCCCUCUCAUUGUGGCAGCGGUACAACAUGCAUGCCAUGACUCGGGACAAAAUGAACGCUUCAUCUCCACGUCCUGCAAAAUGUAUGCAGGCACUGUGUAAAUUCUGGUCUCAUGCGUCUUUCGUUGGUUCUACAACCGCAAGACCAAAUGACACGAAACUCGGCAACAUUUAUUCAUCACAUGUGCUGGAAUCGCGCAUGUCGCUUG